AUUUUAAGACAUUUUACUACAAAUGUGUCCAGUAAAUAUCAAAAGGAAGCAAACAUUUUUUUUCAACAAAAAGCCGACUGUUUAUAAAUAUAGACAAACAAUACAUUAUUCACUUGUUUCAACGGACUGCGUUUUUGUUUAAUUUGGUGUAUUUGGGUAUAUUUCGGCUUCUUUGGGGUAAAAUCUAGACAGCUGAAAUGGCGAAUUCAGAUGAAAUUGGACUAUCUUCAGAAAAAGUUGUAAACAUGUAUCAAAAAUUAGAUCCAUUGUUAUAUUAUGUAAGGGCAAACUUUCCAGCUAGUGAUUCUUGGGAAUUUCCUGAACUAAUAUACAAAACAUACUUUAUUCCCGACUGUAAAAAAGAUGUUAAAGAAAUCCUGAGAUGUUCAAGGGUUAGGCCUAAGAAAACAGACAGUAGCAGCGAUGACGACGUUGUUGACUUUGAUACAACACCUAUCCAAGAAGCAAUUCAAAGAUUGAAUGACUGCUUAACCGAGGAGAACUGUCAGCAGCUGACUAGAAUAUUUGAGAGGCAAGAUUUAUCUGAAAAUGAGGUCCUUGUUGGAUGUGGUGUGCAUUUGAUCAAGAAAUUAAGUGGAAAUGCAUUUACAAAUACCUACAGAGGAAACCUUACAUGCCCCUGUGGCUGUGGAGAAAAGUUACAGGCUACUGACAUGUGUAUUGGGACAUCCAGUACUUGGUAUGGAGAACUAGAUAUGCUUGCUGAACACAAAUCAACAAAUAUUAUUGUAAAAUCACCAGAUAAUAUAUCAGAUGAUGAAAAUGUGGAGGAUAAUGAGGAAGGGCAAAGUUGUCCCAGAGACUGCACAAACUUUGAAGUGGAAAAGAAUAGUAUAUAUGCUGGGCAUGUGCUGUGCAAAGCAAUAGCUGAAUCAGUCGUGUUUGCAUGGACGGAAUAUAAUCGUCAUCCAGAGAGUCAUUCGUGUAUUCCAAGCAUUUUGAUUUCAAAUGGGAAAUUUGCUGCAUUUAUUUAUAACCCUAUAAAUGAUGAACUCUAUGCAACUGCUGGAUAUCAAAAUCUCAACCCCAAAGACAACCGAUUUUCAGGAAUAUUUUGUUUGUGGGUGUUUUUAAAUCAUCGUCUUUUCUUCCGAAAAGAAACUGAGAAGGAUUUGAGGCGAAUGUGUGGCUUCAGUGAAAGUGUUUCUGAGGAUAAACUAAAACAAUAUGAAUGUCUUAAAGAUUAUUUUAAGCAAGUGAAUGUUCCUAAAGAUGAAAAUGAAAUAUGUCUGUAUCCAAACAUGGAAUGCAUGAAUUGGUACUUGUGAGGAACUUUCAUAUAUACAAUGAGGUUUUCACUUUGAUAUAUUGUAAGGUUGAGGUCUGGUAGAAUGACUUCAAAUUCAUUUUUAUAAACUGGAUUAAAUGCUGGUAAGAAAAUACAAUUUAAAGAUACAUUUAGCAUAAAUAUU